AGCUCAGGCAAGCGCAGUGGAGAAAAAGGGUUCCUUGGAAGCUGAGAAGUUUAAAGAGAAGCUCUAAAGUAUGUACUGUACAUCUUUGGUACAUAUACCUAUGUUUCUGAUGUCAAGUACAAGACCCAAUCAAUAAUACGCAUGGGUCGGAUAGGACGAUCUUUACUUCUACCCAGCUUGGUUCCCAUCCUUGCUGACUAUCCCAGGUAAUCAUUCACAAAUUCAGAAAUCAACUGUUUUUGAUCUUCUGUGUUGUUUCCUUCAAUGUAUUCACGUGCAUGAUCCUCAAGAACUUGGAUAUUUGGUCAUUCUCGACGGCCAUUGCCCGUAAUUCUUUUCAAUUUUAACUCGAUUCUUGAGCCAAUACACCAGUUCCACGGAUAAUUCUAUCUGAGCUGCUGAGAUCGAGUCCAUCCGGACCACGGAAGAUACAGGGCUAUCUUUGGAUUUGGGGAUUCGUCGAAAAUGGCUUUUGGAUCUGUUCCUGGCUUUCGGAAGCGAACGGCAGCAACAUCUUCUCCUGAUGCCAAUGCUCACAAGGAAAGCCCUCAGCCAAGCAUCGAAGACCAAGCUACUUUGAAAAGGGGGACGAGAACACGACGGAAUGCUAUCAUAGUAUCAUGUUUCUGCUACCUGGUCGCCGUGGUCUUCUUGAUCUUAAUCGAGAUAGGCAACACGAAAGGUACUCGAGUUCUUGGCGACAUCUAUUUCUUCAAGCUUGAUCUUUCCGAUAUUCUUCCUCAGGCGGUGCCGACCACCUUAAGUUUGCAAAACUCGAUCGCGCGAACUCUCGGCCUCCAUGAUUUCUACCAGGUCGGGCUAUGGAACUUUUGCGAAGGAUAUAAUACCGAUGGCAUUACACAUUGCUCGACUCCGACCACUCUGUAUUGGUUUAAUCCGGUAGAGAUCCUACUAGGCGAGCUAUUCUCCGGAGCUUCGAUUGCACUGCCCUCAGAAGUGAACGAUAUCCUGAACAUUCUCCGCAUCGCAUCGAAUAUCAUGUUUGGAUUUUUCCUGACUGGUCUACUUUUGGAUUUCGUCUUGAUUUUCCUGUCUCCCAUCGUUUUAUAUUCGCGAUGGUGGAGUCUUCCUCUCAGUUUUCUGGGCUUCCUUGGAACGCUGUUGGUCCUGAUAGCAUCAGCCCUCGGCACGGCCAUGUCUCUGGUCUUCAAGUAUGCUUUGACAUCACAGACUGAUCUCAACGUAAAUGUCGACGUCGGUAUAAAGAUGUUUGCGUUUAUGUGGAUUGCGACCGGUUUCACUUUGCUCGCCUUCAUCAUCCACGCCGGGUUGGGUUGCUGCUGUACGUCACGUCGAGACCUGCGUACGGGACGAAAGGGCGGCAAGAAUCUCAACCAGACUGUCACAAGCGAGAAGAAAGAGAAGAAGGGCCUCAACUUGCCUAAAUUCGGUAAAAGGACGGACGCGUCGGGUUAAUGAUAUAUGCGACAAGAUAAUUAGGGAAGGAUAUCUCUAUGCGGCUCCCACCAUAUGAAGAACAUUUGGAAGGCACUAUUCAGUACUUCAUGACCGUAGGUUAGACGCCAGUUUCGAAGGUUAUAUAAAAUGGCGUAUGUGUAAAUGAGGUCGGCGCAAGCUUUGUUGCUUGCGAAAGUUAAUUAGAAGCCAAACGCACUUUUAGAAAUUCCAAAAGUUCGAUAUUCGAUAAAAUGACGAGCUAGGUACGAAGUACAUACAGACAUAUCACAAUAGAAUAGCGGUCAAUUCUCGGCAAUCGUCGUUAAGGAUGAUGUGGGGCAAAUUUUACUCUGAUCACGUG